AUGGACUGGGCUCAUGGAAAUUGGUAUAAUUUGCAGAGUAUGGUUGAUCAAACAAGCGCAUUGCAAAAGGAUGCGAGAGGGCAAGUGGCGGACUUAAAGCUACAGCUUGAAGGAGAGAGAGACCAGGUGAAACAUCUGCAAACUGCUCUUAAGGAGCAACUCCUUGCGGGCACUGCCCAUGAGGAAAUACCCCCGAGAUCAGGAACUGGUUACCCUUUUGAAGACUUGCAAGCAGUGAGAGGAAGAAUAGAGAAAUUAGAACUGCUCUCGCUGCGCCCCUUGGUUAAAACCGAGUAUAUUUACGAUGAUGAUCAGGAUCAGUCCCCCCAAGUCACAACCAAGGAGGUCCCCUAUACCACCACUGAGUUGGUAAAGUUAAAAAAGGAUUUCAGUCGAACCCCUAGGGAGUCAGAGACAGAGUAUGUGUGGAGAGUAUCAUUGUCGGGGGGGAAUCAGAUUUUGCUGAGCGAAAAGGAAGCGGAGGGGUAUUGGGGACCAGGAGUAUUUUUAAUUACUGGCAAUCACUAUACCCCUUGGUCUUCAACCCAGCGGGCAGCCUUGAACCGCUGGGAGAGGGGGGAUCCCCUUGCAAUUACGGGAACUAUUGAUCAAUUGGUGGAAAGUGUGCAGAAGGUGGCUUGUUUGCAGACAAUGUAUGAUCAAAAAUUGGAACCUAGGCAAGAGUCCCCGAUGAUGAUGCUGGUGUCACCGAAAUCGGGA